CUGGUGGGCGAGGUGGUGCGGGCGCCGCCGUCGGCGGCAGUUGUCCGCCUGCUCGACGACAUCUCAGACACGCUGUGCCAGGUGCUGGAUGCCGCAGAGUUCUGCCGCAACGUGCAUGCCGACGAGGAGUGGCGGCGCCAGGCGCAGCAGGCAAGCUCGCUGCGUGACCUGCCUGACUGCCUCGGCAGCAGCAUGCAAACCGAGUCGCAGACGCUCUGCAAGACGGCGGCGGCAGCGCCUUUGCUGUCCAUCCCCGAGGAGGAGGUGCUGGUGGGGCGCAUGCUGCAGCGCGAUUUCGAGCGGUACGGCGUGCACCUGUCGGGAAGCCAGCGGGACCGCAUGACCCACCUGGUGCACAGGGGCCAGGCCCUGGGCAUGCAGUUCACCCACAACGUGCUAGACCCCGCACAACUGGGCAGCCUGGAGCUGCGGGGAGGGCUGGCGGAGGCCGCGUCCCGCCUGCCGCACCACCUACAGAAGCGGCUGCGCCCGCUGGCGGCGCCGGGCGGCGGCGGCGCGGUGCAGGGGCUGGCCUGUCUGGCGGACACCUCAAUGCUGCAGUCGCUGCUGCGCAGCUCUCGGGACGAGGGGCUGCGCCGCGCCGCCUUCCAGGCCUGCCACCGACAGCCGGCCGCCAACCUGGCUGUGUUGGACGCCCUGGUGGAGGCGCGGCACGAGGUGGCCCGCCUGAUGGGGUUCGACUCGUACAGCGCAUACCAGCUGGACAGCUUCAGCCUGGCUUCCCGUCCCGCCGCCGUCGCCGCCUUCCUGCGCCGCUUCGCCGCCGACAUUGCGCCCAAGUGCGAGGAGGAGGCGGCUGAGAUGGCGCGGCUGAAGCGGUUGUGCUCCGGCAGUACAGGUGGCGGUACAGCAGCGGUACAGCCCUGGGACCGCCACUUCCUCAUGGCUGCCGCCCGCAGCGGCGAGGAGGCCGAGGCGCUCGCCAGCCUGCCCGCCUACCUGGAGCUGGAGCGAGUGGUGGAGGGCCUGAGCGACCUGCUGCGGCGCAGCAUGGGCGUGCAGCUGCAGGAGCGGGCGCUGGCGGAGGGCGAGGGCUGGGCGCCCGGCGUGCGCAAGCUGGCGGCGGUGCAUGACACAGACGGCUUCCUGGGGGUGGUGUACCUCGACCUGUACCGCCGCCCUCAGAAGUUCCCCUCCGCAGCGCACUUCACCCUGCGCUGCGGCCGCAGCCUGCCAGACGGCUCCUACCAGGCAAGCUGUUUUCCCGGCCCGGCCUUGGUGUUGCAUUUCCGCUGCCUCACCAUAGUUGCAUUCCUCGCCCUCCAGGUGGAGAUGCUGUUCCACGAGUUUGGCCACGCCCUUAACUCCCUGCUCAGCCGCACCCGCUUCCAGCACCUGGCAGGCAAGCGCGCCCUGUGCUGCACCCGUGGCCCGCUGGAUAUGGUGGAAGUGCCGUCCCACACUCUGGAACUGUUUGCGUCGGACCCCCGAGUCCUGUCCCUGUUUGCCGCGCACCGCAGCAGUGGCGAGGCGGUGCCGCCACGCCUGCUGGCCCACCUGGAGGCCAGCAAGCGGCGGUGGGUGGCACUGGAGCAGCAGACGCAGCUCCAGUACUGCCUGAUCGACCAGCUCCUGCACGGCCCCGACCCGCCCACGGGGCACGCCGGCGAGGAGCAGGUGGCAGACAUCAUGCGCCAGCACAGCGCGCUGGGCCACGCCGAGGGCUGCCACCCGCACAUCAGGUUCACCCACCUGGUGGGAUACGGGGCCACCUAUUACAGCUACCUGUACGCCCAGUGCCUGUCUGCCGCCGUGUGGAGGGACCACCUGGCGCCCAACCCAACCGGGAGGGAAGCCGGCGAGCUGCUGCGCCACCGCCUGCUAGAGGUGGGCGGGACUGGCGGUAGUACUGCGUGGGGACGGGCCGGGGGUGUGAUGUGUGGGGCAGCUUCUGACCCCGCCUGCCUGCCGACGCUGGCGUGUGUGGCCCCUGCGCCUGCCUGGCUGCUGCAGCCUGGAGGCGCAAAGGAGGCUCACUGCAUGGUGGAAGAUCUCCUGUCCUCUCCCACCACCAGCACCAGCACCAGUCAUAGCAGCAGCAGCAGCAGUAGUGCUAGCAGCAGCGGCAGCAAUAGCAGCGGCGGCCUGUGCCAGGCGGGAGGGGGCUGGUACCCCGAUCCAGAGGCCAUGCUGCGGCAGCAGCACCUGCUGCCUGCAUAG